CGCGGUCUCCACCGCUUCUGCCUUUGCUGCUGCUGCGGUCCCGGCGGAACUUUGCGUGUAGAACGGCUGAGGCGGGCUCGGGUGGGGCCGGGGUUCCGGCCACUCUGCAGAAUGGAGAUAAUCAGGAGCAAUUUUAAGAGUAAUCUUCAAAAAGUGUACCAGGCCAUAGAGGAGGCCGACUUCUUCGCCAUCGAUGGGGAGUUUUCAGGAAUCAGUGAUGGACCCUCAGUCACUGCGUUAACAAAUGGUUUUGACACUCCAGAAGAAAGGUAUCAGAAGCUUAAAAAACAUUCCAUGGACUUUUUGCUGUUUCAGUUUGGCCUUUGCACUUUUAAGUAUGACUACACAGAUUCAAAGUAUAUAACAAAGUCAUUUAACUUCUACGUUUUCCCGAAACCCUUCAAUAGAGCCUCACCAGAUGUCAAGUUUGUUUGUCAGAGCUCAAGCAUUGACUUUCUAGCAAGCCAAGGAUUUGAUUUUAAUAAAGUUUUUCGCAAUGGAAUUCCCUAUUUAAAUCAGGAAGAAGAAAGGCAGCUGAGAGAGCAGUACGACGAGAAACGCCUGCAGUCCGACGGUUCGGGCGCCCUGGCUUAUGUUUCCCCCAACGCGUCAAAGUGUCCUGUGACGAUCCCUGAGGAUCAGAAGAAGUUUAUUGACCAAGUGGUAGAGAAAAUAGAAGAUUUAUUACAAAGUGAAGAAAACAAGAACUUGGAUUUAGAGCCAUGUACUGGGUUCCAAAGAAAACUAAUUUAUCAGACUUUGAGCUGGAAGUAUCCCAAAGGCAUUCACGUUGAGACUUUAGAAACCGAAAAGAAGGAGCGAUACAUCGUCAUCAGCAAAGUAGAUGAAGAAGAACGUAAAAGGAGAGAGCAGCAGAAACACGCGAAAGAGCAGGAAGAACUGAAUGAUGCUGUGGGAUUUUCUAGAGUUAUUCAUGCCAUUGCCAAUUCGGGAAAACUCGUUAUUGGACACAAUAUGCUCUUGGAUGUCAUGCACACGGUUCAUCAGUUCUACUGCCCUCUGCCUGCGGACUUAAAUGAGUUUAAGGAGAUGACAACAUGUGUUUUCCCCAGACUCUUAGAUACAAAAUUGAUGGCCAGCACACAACCAUUUAAGGAUAUCAUUAACAACACAUCUCUUGCAGAAUUGGAAAAGCGGUUAAAAGAGACACCUUUCAACCCACCUAAAGUUGAAAGUGCAGAAGGUUUUCCGAGUUACGACACGGCUGCCGAGCAGCUCCACGAGGCAGGCUAUGAUGCAUAUAUCACGGGGCUGUGCUUCAUCGCCAUGGCCAACUACCUAGGUUCUUUUCUUAGCCCUCCAAAAAUUCACGUGUCUGCCAGAUCAAAACUCAUUGAACCUUUUUUUAACAAGUUAUUUCUUAUGAGAGUCAUGGAUAUCCCCUAUCUAAACUUGGAAGGACCAGACUUGCAACCAAAACGCGAUCAUGUUCUCCAUGUGACAUUCCCCAAAGAAUGGAAAACCAGCGACCUUUACCAGCUUUUUAGUGCCUUUGGGAACAUUCAGAUAUCCUGGAUCGAUGACACAUCAGCGUUUGUUUCUCUCAGCCAGCCCGAACAAGUACAGAUUGCUGUCAAUACCAGCAAAUAUGCAGAAAGCUAUCGGAUCCAAACCUACGCUGACUACGUGGGGAAAAAACAAGAGGAAAAGCAGAUCAAGAGAAAGUGGACAGAAGAUAGCUGGAAGGAGGUGGAGAGAAAGCGAUUAAACACGCAGUGCAUACCCUACACUCUGCAGAAUCACUAUCAACACACCAAUAGUCUUACCGUGACCAGCACAGUAGGAAAGAGAAAUUUGAGCCCCAGCCCAACAGAAGCUGACCUGGAGGCCAGAAUGUCGGGCGAGAUUUCUGACACUGAGCUCGAGCAGACUGAGUCCUGUGCAGAAUCCCUCUCCGAGGGAAGGAAAAAGGCCAAGAAAUUAAAAAGGAUGAAGAAGGACAUUUUGCCAGCAGCCCCCCCAGGAGGCCUCCCGGGCAGCCCUGCCAAGCUCUUCGAGGUUCCUGACACGUGGUAGCCGAGGCCCGGAGGAAGAGCCGUCGCCGGUGCCGUGGCUGAGGAGGACCUGGCCGGCGCGUUCGGAAGCCAUACUCUGUUUAAUUCCAUGAAAUGUGCUGGGGGAGGGGUUUGGAGCCAAGUCCGCCUCCUGGCAAAAGCCCAGUUUCUUUGA